AUGCCUGUGUGCACGACAAGCGCUCCAGGAGAGAAGUCGAGGAAGAGAGCGAGAGCGAGAGAAAGAGAGACCGGGUCAGAGAGCGCGCGCGGGCGAGCGAGCACCGAGAGGGACAGGGGCAAAGUGACUGACCUGCUUUUGGGGGUGACCGCCGGAGCGCCGCGCGAGCCCUCCCCCUCGGGAUCCCGCACCGGACCAGCCGCGCUGACGGACAGACAGACAGACACCGCCCCCCGCCCCAGCGCCCACCUCCUCCCGGGAGGGCGGCCGACGGUGGACGCGGCGGCGAGCCGCGGGCAGGAGCCGGAUCCCGCGCCCGGAGGCGGGGUGGAGGGGGUCGGGGCUCGCAGCGUCGCCCUGAAACUUUUCGUCCAACUUCUGGGCUGUUCUCGCGCCGGAGGAGCCGUGGUCCGCGCCGGGGCAGCCGAGCCGAGCGGAACCGGGAGAAGUGCCCGCGCGGGCCGCGAGGAGCCGCAGCCGGAGGAGGGGGAGGAGGAAGAAGAGAAGGAAGCGGAGCGGGGGCCCCGGUGGCCACUCGGCGCCCGGACGCCAGGCUCAUGGACGGCUGAGGCGGCUGUGUGCGCAGACAGUGCUCCAGCCGCGCGCGCGCCCCAGGCCCCGGCCCGGGCCUCGGCUGCUGCCGCUCGAGGAGCCCGCGCGGGCGCCCCCGAGAGCGGGCCGCCCCGCCAGCCCCGCCGGAGAGGGAGCGCCGGCCGCGCCGGCCCCGGCCGGGCCUCCGAAACCAUGAACUUUCUGCUCUCCUGGGUGCACUGGAGCCUCGCCUUGCUGCUGUACCUCCACCAUGCCAAGUGGUCCCAGGCUGCGCCCAUGACAGAGGAGGGAGAGCAGAAACCCCACGAAGUGGUGAAGUUCAUGGAGGUGUACCAGCGCAGCUACUGCCGGCCCCUGGAGACGCUGGUGGACAUCUUCCAGGAGUACCCCGACGAGAUCGAGUACAUCUUCAAGCCGUCGUGCGUGCCGCUCAUGCGCUGUGGUGGCUGCUGCAAUGACGAGGGCUUGGAGUGCGUGCCCACCGAGGAGUCCAACAUCACCAUGCAGAUCAUGAGGAUCAAACCUCACCAAAGCCAGCACAUAGGAGAGAUGAGCUUCCUCCAGCACAGCAAAUGUGAAUGCAGACCAAAGAAAGAUCGAGCAAGGCAAGAAAAUCCCUGUGGGCCUUGCUCAGAGCGGAGAAAGCAUUUGUUUGUACAAGAUCCGCAGACGUGUAAAUGUUCCUGCAAAAACACAGACUCGCGUUGCAAGGCGAGGCAGCUUGAGUUAAACGAACGUACUUGCAGAUGUGACAAGCCGAGGCGGUGAGCCGGGCUGGAUGAAGGAGCCUCCCCCCGGGCCUGCGGGAACCAGACCUCUCACCAGGAAAGACGGACUCAGAAAAAGCCUGAUGUAGACCACACCGCCACCACCACCCACCACCCCACCGUCACCAUCGCCAGAACAACCCAAAAUGCAGACUCGGAAAUGAAGGACAGAGAGGCUGCUCCGAGCACGCUGGGGCCUGAGGGUGCGGCUCCCACAGAAGCGUUCCCGGGCGGGUGACCCAGCACAGUUUCUCUCGGAAGUGGAUUUUGCCAUUUUAUUUUUCUUGCUGCUAAAUCACCGAGCCCGGAAGAUUAGAAAGUUUUAUUUCUGGGAUUCCUGUAGACACACCCACCCACAUACCUACAUAUAUAUAUAUUAUAUAUAUAUAAAUAAAUAUAUAUAUAUUUUAUAUAUAUAUAAAAUAUAUAUAUUCUUUUUUUUUAAAUUAACAUUGUAACAUUAUUGGUGUCUUCACUGGAUGUAUUUGACUGCUGUGGACUUGCGUGGGGCGGAGACUGUCCCCACGCAGACCCCCGAGACGGGGGAGAGGCCGGGAGGAGGCCCUCUGGAGGCCUGGGUCCCCGACCCCGCCCAGGAGCGUGCAUGGCCGCGGCCUGGGGGCAAACCUGUCCCGCUGCGGAAACACUUGACAAACCCAGACCUAGCCCGGCGCCUUGAACCCUGAGUCAAUGGACAGGAAGACGAGUGGUGCGGGACGAGGAGUCUGGCCCUGACCGGGAGUUUGGGGGGGCCUCAGGGCUUUGCUGCUCCUGGGGACCCUCCGCAGGCCGCACAAGCGUCCUGCCCCGCCAGGGGCCGUGCCUGGAAGACUCGGGAACGUGGGAAGCCUUCAUCUGCCCCCUGCUUCUCAGAGGCCCGGGAAACUGCUGUCCCAGUGAAGAGACACUGGGGUUUGGGGUGGGGGGGGCCUCUGUUGGGCCUUCUCCCACCUUCCCUGCCUGGGGGCUGCCCUGAAGGGCCGCUGCCCUCAGACCGUUGAAACCACUAGUCCUGACCCCCAGGAGACCUGGCGACGUGUGUGAGUGGUUCGCCCCCCAUCCCCUUCCCCCACCCCUUUCCGAGGCACCUAGGCGAGGCACCCGAUUGGCGCCCAUCACGGAGGCAGAGGAAAGAAAGUGUUUUAUAUACGGUACUUAUUUAAUAUCCCUUUUUAAUUAGAAAUUAAAACAGUUAAUUUAAUUAAAGAGUAGGGUUUUUUUCAGUAUUCUUGGUUAAUAUUUAAUUUCAACUAUUUAUGAGAUGUAUCUCUCUCUCUUGCUCUUUCUUGCGCUCUCUUCUUCUUACUGGUCUUUGUGUAUGAGAUUUAUGUUUCAGUCUCUCUCUGACCGGUGACAGUCACUAGCUUGUCCUGAACAGAUAUUUAAUUUGCUAACACUCAGUUCUGUCCUGACCUUUGCCCCAGCUCCCCGCCACACAUUCCUUUGAAAUAAGGUUUCAAUAUACAUCUACAUACUAUAUAUAUAUUUGGCAACUUGUGUUUGUAUAUAUAUAUAUAUAUAUAUAUGUUUAUGUAUAUAUGUGAUUCUGAUAAAAUAGACAUUGCUAUUCUGUUUUUUAUAUGUAAAAACAAACCAGAAAAAUAGAGAACUCUACAUACUAAAUCUCUCUCCUUUUUUAAUUUUAAUAUUUGUUAUCACUUAUUUAUUGGUGCUACUGUUUAUCCGUAAUAAUUGUGGGGGGAAAAGAUAUUAACAUCACAUCUUUGUCUCUAGUGCAGUUUUCGAGAUAUUCUGUAGUACAUAUUUAUUUUUAAACAACAACAAAGAAAUACAGAUAUAUCUUAAAAAAGCAUUUUGUAUUAAAGAUUUUAAUUCUGAUCUCAAA